AUGGACAAGAAAAUAUUCCAAUGGGAACGUGCAAUUGGGGCGCGAACCUACCUCGUUUCCUCGGACCGGUCGCUUCUUCCUCAUAGCUUUGUCCAGGAGGCAUACGCGACAGAUGCCGUGUUUUGGGCAAAGCCUCUCCCGCCUGCAAAGCUGACGACCUUGCUCGAUAACAGCCUCACGCUCGGCGUCUUCGUCGUCUCGGAUGGAGUCAAAACGCCCGUCGGCAUGGCCCGCAUGAUAACCGACUACAUAACGCUCGCCUACCUAACCGAUGUAUACCUCAUCCCCGAGCACCAAGGGCAAGGAGUGGGCAAAUGGCUUAUCAGGUGCUGUCGCGAGAUUUGCAUGGAUAUGGAAGAGCUCCGGUUCAUGGUGCUCCUGACGGGCAGCGAGCAGGCACAGGCAUUGUACAGGAAGGAAUUGGGCAUGGCCAAGUUGGAUGGCGGGGAGGUGGGUUUAACCUGUAUGGGCGCUCGGCGAACGGCGCUCGUUGAGGCGGCAUCCGCGGGGCCCCCAAGGUAA